CCCUCCAGCCGCAGGCCCUCUGGCCACCCCACAUCAUGCUGCAGUGCUGCAGAGAUCAUGGCAGUCCUCUUCUUCCACACCAUGCGCUACAAGUCCCAGGACCCCCGGAACCCUCACAACGACCGCUUUGUGCUCUCUAAGGGCCACGCAGCUCCCAUCCUGUACGCAGUCUGGGCGGAAGCCGGCUUCCUGCCCGAGGCAGAGCUUCUGAACCUGAGGAAGAUCAGUUCCGACUUAGACGGGCAUCCUGUUCCGAAACAAGCUUUCACUGACGUGGCCACUGGCUCCCUGGGCCAGGGUCUUGGAGCCGCUUGCGGGAUGGCCUACACUGGCAAGUACUUCGACAAGGCCAGGUAACAGUCUGUUACCCA